AUGGAGUUUAUUUAUUUGACCGGUGAUGUAAUUCUGGCGUCGGCUCUGUUAACCGAUGGACAGACAGAACGUUUAUUUGAUAUCAGGUUGAUAAUUUAUGGUUCUGGUUCCGUUGGAAGACGAUUUCCUAUCCAGUCAGCAGCUUCGUCAGCACGAUAUAUCUUUCUAGCUGAGUUGGGCUACGUUAUUCUUGGCACCCCAAAACCUCAAAAAAUUGCAACUUUUGUAUCGGAAGCCCUCCAAACCACCAAAAUACUGAUUUUUCUCACCAAAUCCCAUCGAUUUUUUACUGAAUUUGUCAUAUCUGAGGAAAUUAUAGCCUAUGUCUGUGCCGAUAUCGAGAUUACCCCCGUAUCGCAGAAAAAAUGGCAUCCGAGGCGACCAACUCUCCAGAAUCCUCUGCACCCCAACCUCCAGCAAACGAAGCAAUCCCCGGAGCUUAUAGAUACCCCUCCUGAGCGUCCUCGUCGCCGUCUAACGCGUGGUUUGAGUCCUGUAAAGCGUGCUCAGAUAUUG